AUGGCCACCGACUACAGCAAGAAGACCAACGCCGAGUUGGUCGAGAUCCUUAAGACCCGAUCUCUCCCCCACACUGGAAAGAAGGCCGAAAUGGUCUCGCGCCUCCAGGAAGACGACGAGAAGAAGCCCUCCGACGCUCCUGCUGCAGCUCCUGCCGCAGCCAAGACCGACGCCGCCGAGGACGUCAUUGAUUGGGACGACGAACCCGCAGAGACAAUUAUCGAGCCAUCCACAGAAGCUGGCGCCGCUGCAAUUGCCGCUGGUGGCCAAGGUGCAGUCUCCAACCCCGUCGCUGUCCCCAACCAGCAGCUUGACGAGAAUCCCGCCACAACCGAGGACUUGAAGGUCGAGGCGACCGGCGCCGUCGCUGAACCAGCCACCCAGCCCGAAGCUGCGACUGAACAGAAGCCCGCCGUGGAUUACACGCGAGGACUACCCCAGACCGAUCUGGAGGCCGAGCUGGCGAAGCGCAAGGCUCGCGCGCAGAAGUUUGGCAUCGUCGAGGAUGACGACACAGCAUUGAAGGAGGCGACGAAGCAGCUGGAGCGCGCUAAACGGUUCGGUACUGCCGCAGAGGGUGAGACUGCCUCCGCUGGUUUAAGCCGUCUUGAUCAGGCCCUUCCUGAUGAGCGCUCACGCAAGAGACGCAAUGAGUCCCGCACCGAUUCUCGCAACGACCAGGGUAGUCGGGGAGGCAAGAGACGUGAUACUGGACGCAACCGCAACCGUCAACGUGGAGAUGGAAACCGCAACCGCGACCGCGGCGAUGGUGGUAACAAGACCAAUGCUGGCGUGAAGAAGCCUAAUGCUGGUGGGAACACUGCCCAGAAGUCUUGGAGUGAGAAGGAUAAUGCCGCUAUGGAGGCUCGCAAGAAGCGGUUUGCAGCCGCUGCUUGA